AUGUCCAGUGAUCCACUACCCACCAUCUGCAGCGGAGAGCGCUACAACCCGGACACCUGUGGAUAUGUGCCGAGUAAUACGGACUCAGAACAAACAAGUAAAAAAGCACACGAGAAAGUGGUUUUAAAGAAGAAGGUAACUCUGUUGAGAGGUAUAUCGAUUAUAAUCGGGACGAUCAUCGGCGGCGGCAUUUUCAUCUCUCCCAAGGGGAUCCUGCAGCACACCGGUACGGUGGGCAUGGCGCUAGUGAUGUGGACUGCGUGCGGUAUCCUGUCGCUGUUCGGAGCACUCUCAUAUGCCGAACUUGGGACAAGUAUAAAUAAAUCAGGUGCCCAUUACAUAUACAUUCUGGAAGCGUUUGGUCCACUGCCAGCUUUUGUUAGAGUUUGGGUGGAACUGAUCGUCAUACGACCUGCUGCUACUGCUGUUAUAUCCUUGGCUUUUGGUCAGUACAUAUUGCAGCCGCUAUUUAUGCCAUGUGGAAUUCCAGAAAUUUUAAUGAAGAUCACCACAACCAUUGGAAUCACUGUGAUAAUGUACAUUAACAGCAUAAGCGUCAGCUGGACUGCGCGGCUACAGAUCUUUCUGACAUUCUGCAAACUUGGUGCCAUUUUAAUAAUUAUCAUCCCUGGAAUGGUGCAGUUAUUCAAAGGAGAAACACAAAAUUUUUCUCAACCCUUCCAACAAUCAGAAGUUAGUCUUAUGGGACUUCCCCUUGCUUUUUAUGCUGGAAUGUAUGCAUAUGCAGGAUGGUUUUACAUGAACUUUGUCACAGAAGAAGUAGAAAAUCCUCAAAAAAAUAUACCUCUUGCAAUCUGCAUUUCAAUGGCGGUUGUCACGGUUGGCUAUGUAUUAACAAAUGUUGCCUAUUUUGUCAUAAUGAGCCCCGAAGAGCUUUUGGCUUCAGAAGCAGUAGCUGUGACCUUUGCAGAACGACUGAUGGGCAAAUUCUCCAUAGCAGUGCCAGUUUUUGUAGCUCUUUCCUGCUUUGGGUCUAUGAAUGGAGGUAUCUUUGCAGUUUCCAGAUUGUUUUUUGUUGCUUCACGAGAAGGUCACCUUCCCGAAAUUCUGUCUAUGAUCCAUGUUCGUAGACACACACCUAUUCCUGCUACUAUUGUGUUGUAUCCGACAACUGUCUUCAUGUUGUUUGUAGGUGAUAUCUACAGCUUACUAAACUUUAUGAGCUUUGUCCGAUGGCUGUUCAUUGGGCUGGCAGUAGCUGGUCUGAUUUAUAUGCGGCAUACGCGUCCUGAUAUGCCACGCCCAUUUAAGGUGCCUCUGUUCAUUCCUGCUUUCUUUGCCUUAACUUGUCUCUUCAUUGUUGCACUGUCACUGUACUCUGACCCCAUCAAUACUGGUAUUGGAUUUGCCAUCACUCUUACUGGUAUCCCUGCCUACUAUCUGUUUGUGGUGUGGGACAACAAGCCAAAAUGGUUCAGACGAUUGAUGGGUUCAAUGACGAAGACACUCCAGAUCAUUCUGGAGGUUGUGCCAACUGAAAAUCAUCAAGACUGAGUAGUUCCCUUGGUGACACAACCUGUGGGAUGUUUGAAGUACUGAGACAGCAAACUUUAAAGAAGUGUUUGCCACUUGAACAAAGCCAUACACUAGAACUCUAAAUACUUCCCAAAGUUUCAUCAAAAAAUUGGAUCAUUCUUUGACACCUGAAAUCCUGUCUCUUGCUGGUUGUGAACAGUUCUUUGUACCUUUUUAAUCAGUGUUGAUGGGGGUGGGGGGCAGGGUGAUUAUCACUAAUCAGACUACACAAUUAUGACAAGAGACCAAGGAAAGCAACGCAAUCCCCAGGUCAUACAGUACAAUUAAUUUAUCGCAUGUACAUUGAAACGUACAAUGAAAUGCAUCUUUUGCAUUAAUAAUCAACACAACCUAAAUAUGUGCUGGGGGAAGCCCGCAAGUGUUGCCACACGUUCCGGUGUUGACAUAGCAUGGACAUCGCAUUCAGCAGAACAACACAAGCGACAUUAACAACUGCACAACAACAGCAACUCUACAAGCCCCUUUUCCAUCCACCCAUCCACUCACACACACAGACGGGCCUGCAACUAUAAGACAGGCUGCCUCCAGGCCUCCGACCACAAGUCCUUGGCCACAGAUGCUCAGAUUCAUAGACAUCAGGCCUCUAACCUCCAGUCCCUGGCACAAGCUCGCAGACACCUAACAUCUGCACAUACAGCUCCAGGGGUUUCAACCUCGUCGGGUCAGCAGGCUGCUGUCGUACUUAAAGGUUACGGACUGUAGUUUUUGAUGGACUCUAGAUAAGGGUCUCUUUGGGGCUUUUGCUAUUGUUUGCAUGUUGGGGAGUCAGUGCUUCUGCCGGCUCAAGUACAGGGAGGGGAGGGUCGAAGCUUCUGCUGCUUGUGCGUUGGAGGGUGGAUGUUUCGAUCAUUCAUUCUUU